AGGCACAUGAUCCACGCUGCGUGAUGAUCAUCACAUCCACGCACAGCCGCCAGUGGAAUUGUAGUAGUAGUAGUUCUCUCUCCUUUUCUUUCAUGGAUUCACCUUUUCUCUGGAAUAUUGCUCUGUCCCGUCGCGAGUGAGUCCUGAGAGGGGAAGUCUCCUGGCGGGAGGCAAGAUGGCGUCCAACCACAUCCUGCGCAGUUACUCCAUCAUCCCAUGUUUCAUCUUCGUAGAGCUGGUCAUCAUGUCUGGCACAGUGCUGCUGGCCUACUACAUGGACUGUACCGACCUCUUCAGUGUGCACCUGCAGGGCUUCUUCUGUAACGAUGCAGACCUGAUGAAACCUUACCCUGGGACCGACCAGUCCAGCUUCGUACCGCCCCUCAUCUUGUACUGUGUGCUGGCUGCUGCUCCAACUGCUAUCAUUCUGGUGGGUGAAGUGUCCAUGUACACCAUGAAGUCCACCAGGGAGUCCCUGCUGGCCCAGGAGAAGACCAUCGUCACUGGAGACUGUUGUUACCUCAACCCUCUCAUCCGCCGCAUCAUCCGCUUCAUCGGCGUGUUUGCGUUUGGCCUCUUCGCCACGGACAUCUUUGUCAACGCAGGCCAGGUGGUCACAGGCGGUCUGUCGCCCUACUUCCUGUCAGUGUGCAAACCCAACUACACCGGCACAGAGUGUCGACUCAACCACCAGUUUAUCGUCAACGGCAACAUUUGCACCGGAAACCCCAUCAUUGUGGAGAACGCUCGCCGAUCUUUCCCGUCCAAAGACGCCUCGCUGAGUGUUUACUCUGCUGUUUACCUGACGAUGUACAUUACCAGUACCAUCAAGACCAAGUCCAGCCGCCUGGCCAAGCCCGUGUUGUGUCUGGGCACGCUUUGCUCAGCUUUCCUUACUGGACUCAACCGCGUAUCAGAAUACCGAAACCACUGUUCAGACGUCGUUGCUGGAUUUAUACUUGGAUCGGCGGUCGCACUCUUUCUGGGUGUGUGCGUGGUGAACAACUUCAAAGGCGUCCACGGUGCGGCCGCUAAACAGAAGAGCGAAGACUACCGUGGCCUCCCCCUGAUGACGUUCCCCCGCGUGGAGAGUCCUCUGGAGACCCUCAGUGCACAGAACCACUCGGCGUCAAUGACGGAGGUCACAUGACUAAGGGGGCAGCACCGGGUCACGUUUGCGUCUCCACAGCACUUCCAGACACAAUGACAAGGACGCAUGUGGCGUGGCUUCGAUUGCUUAACAAAAUCAAACACUGAUGUAUUGUCUCCUUCACGCCCGGCCGGGGCAAAGUCCAACAUGUUUGUGAUGGUUGACGUGGGGCUUCGCUAUUCCAAACAAGCACAGAUUGUUUCUCCAUACAAGUCAUUGCCACACGGGAGGUGUUCUGUUUUCAGUUCAACGAUGGUGUUUUUGCACAUUUUUGUAUGAGCAAUGGCUGUAACCCACCUGCACACCUCUGUGUUACAUCACUUCCUGUCAGGUGACUCUCCUCUGUUGUCUCUCUCCUGCGCCCCCAAGUCUGAAAAUGUACAAUUAGCAACGUUGAUGUUGUCAUUCUGUGAUGUUUGUCAUUUGUACAGAAAAAAAAUACAAUUGUUCUUUUUAUGAUGGUUGUGUAUGAAUUGACCUUGUCAGGUCGGAUUUUGUAAAGAUUUUUGUUAAUCUGUUCAAUAACGAUCCUUUUGGACCCGUUUGCCUGCUGUAAACUUUGAUAUGUUUUGGUAUCAUAAUCCUACACACCGAGCGCUGGAUCAUAAAACACAUUCAGCUGCAACUAUCUCCUGUACUGUAUGUGUACAUUCUCUCAUCCUGGUCAUCUGCAAAGGUUGAAUCGAGUUAACUGGACUCCUCUUGUUUGUUGGCAAAACAACUCGCUUCCAUGUAAUGAGACCUUCUUUGGGGGAGAUGUCAGCACAUUAGACAAACAGAGAGGUCGAUUGUGGUCGGACAUGACUGCUAAAUGACGGUCGGAUGCCUAAUUGGUGGCAAAACCACUUGUUAGUGACCACUCUUCCCACAGAAUGAGACCGUAUUUGGGGGAGAUGUCAGCACAUUAGACAAACCCAACACAGAUCACACA